AUGGCGAUGGAGGAGAAAAUAAAAUUGUGUUUAAACGAAUUUCAAAUACCUGCGUUAAAAGAGGAACAAAGGAAGAUUUUAGAUGCAUUGUUGGAAAAGAGAGACUGCUUGGCAAUUUUACCGACGGGAUUCGGAAAAUCACUGCCGUACCAACUCCUCGUUCCUUUGAGAAGAUGCAUAAGUCCAGAUGCCGACACACCGAACGUGCUCGUCUGUGCACCUCUAAUCGCACUGAUGGAAGAUCAAGUUGAACGAUUAAAGCGUAUCAAAGGAGUAAGGGCCUUUAUAGCAGGCAAGAGUAUUGACUGUGAUGAUGAGGUGAAGAAAGGGCAGUUUGACUACCUGUUUGGUUCCCCAGAGCUAUUAGUAGGAAGCAGUGAAUGGAGAUCAUACAUACAUGGAUUCAACAUUCAGACCAUAGUCAUCGAUGAAUUCCACACCAUUGCUACAUGGGGUGAAAAAGAAAAAGAGGAUAAGGAAGCAUUCAGAAAAUGGUUUGGAUGUGUUGGAGAACUCAGGUCAUUGCUUCCAGAGGCUUCUGUGCUUGCCCUUAGUGCAACAUGUACCAACAAAAUAAAGAAAAGAGUGCUGAAAGUCCUGUCUUUGAAAGCAGGAUUGUUGACAAUUCAGAUUUCGCCAAAUAAACCAAACAUAAAACUAUGUGUUGAAAAAGUGCCACAUGAAACAGACAAAGCAUUCUCAUGGAUUGUCGAUUCCAUAUUGGAUGGGUCACUACAAAGGACGUUACUGUACUGCACCUCAAUAAACGACUGUUCAAAGAUAUAUUCCUAUCUUACUUCAGAACUGCAAGCAUUAGGAUUCAUGAAGUACAUUGAGAUGUACCAUUCAGAAACACCUGAUGACAAGAAACAAACAAUUAUUGAGGCACUUCAACAGGAAAACUCUCAGUUAAAGCUCAUUAUUGCUACAAAUGCCCUUGGGAUGGGAAUUGACAUACGGAAGUGUCAUGGAGUCAUUAUAUAUGGUGCUGCAAAAAGUGUGCUUGAUAUGGUGCAAGAGAUUGGAAGAGUUGGCAGAGAUGGCCAUCCAUCAGUAGCCUUGUUCUUAUACCAUGGCUAUCAUCUCAGUAAAGCAAGUGAGGAUGUCAAAGGAUUUCUUAAGGAGCAAAAAUGCCACAGGUUAACAUUAAUGGGCAAUUUCUUGAAUGACGAAGACCUUAAAAAGCUUGAACUAGAAGAAGUUGGAAGACAUACAUGCUGUGCCAUUUGCCAUGCAUUGUGCAAAUGUGAAAAAUGUACAUACACUGACUUAGAGCGUGCAUUCGGUUAUUCAAAUUCACAUGAAAGGCAAACUCAAAGUGAAAGUGACACUCAUUCAGAAUCUGAUGCUGACUGA